AUGGCCACGCUCGCACACCCACUCCAGGACAAGGCAGGGUCGAGCGCAGAGUCGCUCCCAACCCCACCGCGCUCACCGCACCUCCGCCCAUCCUCACACUCAGCCGAGGACAGCAGACCGCUUGACCACGCACCCGCAUCCCUCGAAGCAGCACCACCACCGACAACGACACUCUUGACGCCCUCGCCCGGCCUCGACACGGCCUACUUCCCCGCCCUCACCCCCGUCGCAUCCCACGACCCGCUCCUCCUCCGCUCGCGAUUGCAGACAGAGGACCACAUCAGCUCGCUCAGGAAACGCAAGGGUGACAAGAGCAGCGACUUCUACCAGCGACAGAACAAGCACAUCCAUGGGUUGUUGAAACACCUCGACGACCAUGUCCGCGAGGCAGAGGAGGAGGAGGACAACAAUCGCCUGCCCAUUAAAAUCGCCGUGUACGGAUCCCUCAUCGCCAACUGCAUCCUCGCGAUCCUCCAACUCUACGCCGCCAUCUCCUCCCUCUCGCUCUCCAUCUUCGGCACCGCAAUCGACUCGGUCUUUGACCCGCUCGCGAAUGGAGUGCUGUAUUAUUGUCACCGCAAGGCGAGGCGGGUCGAUUUGAGAAAGUAUCCGAGCGGGGGGAGCAAGUUUGAGACGAUUGGCGACAUCGUCUACUCGGGCGUGAUGGGCGCCGUCUCAGUGAUUCUCGUCGCCUUCUCGAUCCAAGACCUCGCCCGCGGAGAAGGGGACAAGAAGCUGCAUAUUCCUGCUCUGGUCGUCGUCGGUAUCGCAUUCGUGACCAAAUUCGCCCUGUUUUGUUGGUGCCACCCGCUCCGGAACAAGAACUCUCAAGUCCGCGUCUUGUGGGAAGACCACCGAAAUGAUCUCUUCAUCAACGGAUUCGGGUUGUUCACGUCUGCGGCGGGCGCAAAGAUCGUCUGGUGGUUGGACCCGACCGGCGCGCUCGUAAUCUCCUUCGUCCUCAUAGCAACUUGGGGCUCGACUUGCGCAACGCACUUUGGGUACUUGGCGGGCAAGGCGGCGCCUUUGGAUUUCCAGAACCUGAUCACCUACAAAGCCAUGACCUUCGCCGAACAAAUCGAGCAGAUCGACUCGUGCAUCGUCUAUCACAACGGGCCGCGCUACGUUGUCGAGGUUGAUCUGGUCAUGAAGGGGGAGACGACGCUCAAAGUGGCGCAUGAUGUGAGCCAAGCGUUGCAGGACAAGCUCGAGGAACUCCCGCAGGUCGACAGGGCGUUCGUGCACGUCGACCAUGAGACGAGUCACAAGCCGGAACACCGCAAGACGAAGUAG